CUCUCUCGCUUUCUCACACAUCUUCAACUAUUCACUCAACUCCAGCAACCAUGGCGUUCCACGUAUCGACGGUGUUCAGUAGCCCGACAACCCUCGCUGUUGGCAAAUCCUUAACGGUUGCCUCCAUUGGCGUCUUUGCCGGUAUCGCCGUCUCCUUCAACACCAUCAUCAUGCCUUCCUUGCGCAAGGUCUCCAACCAAACCGCCCUUCCCAUUUGGGCCAACUCCUACAACACCGCCAAAGACUUGCAGGUGGGGUUGAUUCUGACAUCCCUGGUGGCCGGGUCGAGCGUGUACUACAAGACCGAGAACCCUUACUUCCUCGCUGGCUCUCUGAUCAUGACCUCCAUCGUCCCCUACACCUUUGGUCUGCUCAUGCCCAUCAAUAGAACUCUAAUUGGGAUCUUGGAGGGCACUCGCACGGGCAAGCACAGCGAUGAUGGAAACCUGGAUGAGCUGUUCGUCAAGUGGGAUCUGCUCCAUUUCGGACGCACAAUAAUGAGUAUGGUGGCCUUGGGAUUGACCCUUUAUGGCACUUUCUCGGUCAAAACCUUUGUGGUGCGCAAAUAAGAUUCCAAGGACUGGAACAGCGUGAUCGAUCAGAC